AUGAACCUCCUGGAGUGGGUGUCCACCAAAAUUAAGGGGAAGAGCAACGAAAACAGAAUAUACCUAAUCUCCAAUUUUGAAGUUAGCAAGGAAAACCAUGAGCUGUACAUAAAGAAAGCUCAAGAAAAGCUGAAGGAAGAAGAUCUCAACAUAGACUUAAUAUUUGGGAAAAAACACAGAAAUGAAAUAAGAACGGCAAAAUAUAAAGUAUAUAGCUUCCUCCCACUAAUCGUAUUUUUUCAAUUUCUACGUUUGGGAAAUCUGUACUUCCUUUCCAUCUCCAUGUUGCAACUCAUCCCCGAAAUUACUGACUCGAAGGGAAUGCCCACCUACCUAAUCCCACUAGUAUUCAUUAUCGUUGUUGCUAUGAUCAAAGAAUUUUUUGAAGAUCUACAAAGACAUAAAUCAGAUAAUGAAGAAAAUAGUAAAAAGACGAUGGUUUUUCAUGAAGGCAUUUUGAAGGAGAAAAAAUGGGCAGAUGUAAGAGAUGGAGAUGUAGUGAAAAUAUUUUCCUAUGAGUAUUUCCCUGCUGAUUUAAUUAUACUAAAUUCAUCUAACAAAAAAGGUAUUGUAAAUAUUGAAACAAAAAAUGUCGAUGGAGAGUCCAAUGUGAAACAAAAGUAUUGUCUUCCCGAUGUUGUAAAAUAUUUUCAAGAUGAUAAACAUGCUGGUUAUUGCCAAACAGAAUUAAUAAGCGAAAGUCCGAAUGACAAUAUUUUUGAUUACAAGGGCCAUAUUCUUUUGCCUCCCCUUCAAUAUAAAAAAGAUGGAGGAGAAGUAGUACAUUUUUAUGAUGCCUAUAAAGGAGGAAUUUUUUCUUCUGGGGAGGAUCAAGUUUGGGGAACAAAAAGGAGAACAACAGAAAAAAGAAAAAAAAAUAAUAAUAAUUAUGAUCAUAGGGGUGAAAAUAAUAAGGAAGGAGUUGUCACCCCUGGAUGGAAUGACAAAGAGGGAAAUAAUUCCUUCAUUAGAAGUCACAUCAGUAGUGAUCAUCUCUGUACAGAACGAACAGCUGUUCAGGUCACUAUAGAUAAUGUAGUCCUUAGAGGAACAUCCCUUGUAAAUACGAAAUGGAUAUAUGGACUUGUUAUCAAUACAGGAAAUAGAACCAAAUUGAUGAAGAAUGCUUCUACCAAGUCAAGGCAGAAAUGGUCUAGAUUAGAAUUCGUUUAUGGGAACCAUGUGUUAAUUUCUUUCAUUGUUGCCAUAGCUGGUGUUUUAUGGAUGAGGAGAAAAGGUUACAAUUUAUGGUACUUAAAUUUAGGUCAUCAGGCAGAUAGUCUCAAAACGUUUUUUAUUACCAUUGGAUCCAUGAUUCUUCUCUUUGGGUCCUUCAUACCAGUAGAUCUACUCUUAAUUUGGGAGGUCGUUCGACUUUUACAAGGAUAUUUAAUCAACUGGGAUAACGAUAUGUACAGUGCAAAGAGUGGCAGGCAUGCUUUGAGCAAAGCUGGACAGCUACUUGAAGAAAUGGGGAACGUCACGCAUAUUUAUUCCGACAAGACAGGCACCCUGACGCAGAAUAUCAUGCAGCUGCAGAACAUCGGGCUGGGGAACAAGGGCAUCUAUGGCUUUUACGAUUUUAGCAACAUUAAGGAGAACAUCAUGAGGAGGCGCGGGGGGAGCAGUCAGGACUGCUCGGACCCCUUUUCCCUGGGCAGCGCAGGAAGUGGGGGGAGCCGGAUAAGCGGGGUAGGCGGGGAAAGCGGCAUAGGCGGGAUAGGCGGCGGGGGGGACAAACGUUACGGGGAGGACCUGCCCACCAGGGACAGUGCCAACCCAAGCAUCAGCUCGGAGCACGGCAGCGGGGAGUCGUGCGAACUGCCCCCCCUCACGUGGUCCAAGACCUCCGUCAACCCACAUAAGCAGAAAAAGAGCCUCAUGCACAGGAACAGCCUCACCAGCGAGCACGCGGCCGCGGACGUAUACACGGAGGAUGAUUUCCAAAGGGGCGAAAACGAGUUUGUUUUCUUCAACAGAAUUCUCUUCGUCAACAAGAUAUACAGCAUUAGGAACGACGUGGAGGACCAGGUGCACUUCCUCCUGCUCGUCCUCAGUCUCUGCCACAGCGCGAUGAUAAGGAAUGUUGACAUCGACGAGAUGGACGAGGUAGGGGGAGCGGCAAACGAGGCAGCUGAAAGUGCUGCGGAUUCGGCAGGAGCCACGGCGGGACCCUCAGCCGGAGCUGCCGGGGCUGCCGGGUCCGCCGCAGGAGUCGCUUCCCGUGCCCCCUCCCGUGCGCCGUCCGGCGAAGGCAACCCGGAGAAGACCAAGAUAUUCGACCGGGAAACCAUGAUCAACUACACGUACCUCACGCAGCCGCAGCCGCAGUACGACGCCAGCUCGCCGGACGAGCUGGCACUGAUCAGCACGGCGCUCUACCUGGGCUGCGAAUUCGUGAAUAGACCCAACCUGACGACGAUAGAAAUUGAGCUGACCUCCACAUUCGCGCAGAGGUUCAUCCUGGGGGAGAAGGCGUACAACGAUUUUCUGCAGAAGAAGGGUUACUAUGAAGACAAUUUUGAUGCGUGCUUCCCGGAGGUGAACUCUCCCAUGGAGAGGAGGAGAGAGUCCAAGCUGAAUGAUGCCACUGAGAAGGGGGGCGGCAAUCAGGGAAGCGACAACCAGGGGAGUGCCAACCAGGGGAGUGCCAACCGGGGGAGUCACGUAGAGGAGGGCGCCAGCAACCUCCACAUGUCCAUCCCGAUCAAGAACAUCUUCUCGGGGAGCAGAGCCAGCCCGAAGGAAGCCACCAAAAGGGAGGCUACCAAAAACAAGCGGGUGGUUGUCCCCAUACUGGCCUACGAAAUACUGGACGUGUUCGCAUUUGACAAUGUGAGGAAACGCAUGUCCUUAAUUGUAAAAAAUGAGAAGAAAGAAAUUUACAUGCUAGUCAAGGGAGCAGACACCAGUGUGUUGAAGUUAGCAGCAAAGAACCAGGAACACAUAGUAGACCACGUGAUGUAUCAGCUGAAUGCAUUUGCUACAUCUGGAUUGAGAACCCUCGUGUUGGGAUAUAAACAUAUAACGGAAGAAGAAUUUACCAAAAUAUAUCACCAUCAUGUGGAAGCGAGAAAAAGAUCGGAGAUGAAAAAAGACGAUGAAGGAUCUUUGGGGAAGUUCUACGACGAAGCAGAAAAUAAUUUGAUUAUUAUUGGGUGCACCGGGAUUGAUGACAAAUUACAGGAUGACGUUCCACAGGUGAUACAAGACUUACGAGACGCUGGAAUGACCAUCUGUGUACUCACGGGAGAUAAGCUAGAGACGGCCAUAAACAUCGGGCACUCAAUUAACAUAUUAAAUAAAGAGACCUACAAUGCAGUGUUCACCGAAACGGACCCGACUGUCUUGUUAGAACAAAUGAGCAUUCAUGAGAAAAACACCAACGCAGCGAACUUGCUAAAUGUGGACCAUGGAACCAAGUGGUGGAAUAGCGUGAACUGGGAAAACUUGAACUUAGAUCUCCGAUCAGAAACGAUUUUGAAUUUUAUGAAAACAAAUUUUUACGGGUCCAUAAAGAAAAGCGUCAUCUCGUCUUCUAAUAUGUUCAAUUUGAAGAACGAAAAUUCGUUACCAGAACUGGCCAAGCAGGAGAAAAUCUUCAACUCGUUUCUUGAGUCCAGUGAAUCGUUUGCUCACAACUGGAACGAUGUGGAGAAGGGGAAGGGGAAGGAGAAGGGGAAGGAAAAGGGGAGGGGCAAUGAGAAGGAGAAGGGGAAGGAAAAGGGGAGGGGCAAUGAGAAGGAGAAGGGGAAGGAAAAGGGGAAGGAGAAGGAGAAGGAGACGGGCCAUGAGAAGGACAACGACAGGGACAAGGUCCACUACUCCCAGUUUUCCAUAACCAUCACGGGAGAAGCAUUAGACGAAAUUAUGAAGAGCAAAAUUUUAAAAAUAAAAUUUUACACCCUAGCUAGGAGUGCAUCUACACUCAUUGCUUGUAGAGUCACUCCAAAGCAAAAGUCCCUUUUGGUGAAAGAAAAUUCGGCCUUCAAUCCCAGAGGUACCUCCUUAGCAAUUGGAGACGGGGCGAAUGAUGUGGGCAUGAUUCUAAUGGCCAAUGUAGGCGUCGGAAUAGCUGGCAAGGAGGGGUUACAAGCAGCCAGGUCAUCAGAUUUUACCAUAAGCGAAUUUAAGUACUUAAAAAAAUUACUCUUUGUUCAUGGAAGGGAAUCUCUGAGGAGGAAUUCCUUUUUAGUUUAUUUUUGCAUUUUUCGAAAUGUAAGUUUUUGUCUCUGCUCGAUGGUUCUGAAUUUCUGGACAGGUUACAGUGCCAUAGAUGCGUGGAACCCCUGGACCAAGCAAAUCAUUAACAUUGCGUUUACUUCUCUCCCGGUUAUCUUUUUUGUUGCCUUGGAUAAGCAGCUCCCUCAUCGCAUACUCUUGAAAAAUCCACUCCUAUACGAGACCUCUCCAUCCACCUUAUGGCCCCUUUACUCCAAUAAGAAAAUCGAAUUCUACACAGAAAAAAUAAAACGGGUUUACAAAAACUUUUUCCAUUUUUGUCUAAUCCCCUUUAGAUUCAUUCCCUACUUUCAAAAAUCAACAAAUAAGAUGAAGUCCUGGAUUGGUAAACGAUCCAAACCGGAGAAGUACAGAUCCUACGGAACUCAUUACCUGUUCGUUUAUUUGUUGUUUGCUAUUUGGCUAGCCACAGUAGAAACCAUCAUUAUGCUCCACUUUGCUACUGGUCAGGAUGACUCAAUAAUCAAAGACCACCACAAUGUAGAUAUCGAUUUCCAUACAUUUUCGCAAAUUCUAUAUACUCACCACAUCAUAGCAGUCAAUGCAGUAGUCGUCCUUUUAACCAACACAUGGUUCGUUAUUUCUCACAUCGUACUAUGGAUAGAAAUUAUCGCCACGUUUUUUUUCUGGUUCAUUGUGAGUAACACGAAACUCUUUUUAGAUAUCAUAGGAGCUGAUGAAUUACAUGGUACAUUUGAAAAGGCACACUCCUCAGGAAACUACUACCUGUCGCUGCUGGUCUCUCUUUACGUUUCUCUCCUACCGUUGAUUCUCUUUAUGACUUACCAGUUUAUGAAAAAACCCACUAUGGAACAAAUUGUGCUGGAGCAACUGAAGCUAGGGAAAUUUGAAGGUCUCCGCAAAUACGAAGUUAAGAAGCUUGCCUACAUUGACAGCAAGAAUAGCUCGCAUGUCUUUUCGCACAAGGGCUUCGCCUUCGCCGUCGAGGCCAAGGAGGCCUUCUGGGGCCUCGUGCAGAAGGCCAUUUACAAAAUUAAGAUUCCGCUCGCCAAGGACGAGCCGGGCUCGGCCAAGCCCAGGCGGAAAUUUUGA